AUGGUUGUUCAAGGCUUACCAAGCAAAUGCAUUAAAACUUUGGCGAAAAUUUGUCGACUCAUCAGUUUGGCGAAUUUGCAUAUGUGCUUUCCACCGUCAAGCUAUUGGAGUAAAAACAUUUCGACAUUUCCUCUGGCACCAAGUUCAUACGUUGGAGUAUAUUUUGAAAAAAUAUUACUCCCUGUCUUGCAAGUGGUAGAAGAUAGCACUAUCUCAAACAUGAUCAUAAAAAUAAUGUGCGAAGCGUGGCUUGACUAUAUUUAUUCACAUCGAAUCAAAUUUAGUGAACGUGGUGCCUUCCAGCUGCUAGCAGAUUUUUCGUUUGUUGAUACAUGGAUCAUGGCGUGCCCUAUUUUAUCUCCAAAUGUCGGAAAUCACUUGUUAAAAAAUGAGGUCUUACGACGUUGUGAAGGAGUUGGGAGACUGCUUCUUCGCAAUCCUGGUGAAGCCAUCAAUAUGAACAAACAUUCGCGUAAGUACGAUAAUAAUAUUAGUGACCGCAAAUAA